AUGUCGUUCCCCCGGUUUGUUCUCCAUACCUACAAGACACGUAUGGGAACAGUCAUCACCUUAGCCGUGGCACCCGUGCUGACGUUUCUGUUGCUCUGGGGGAUAUUUUACUCACGCCUUGACUACCCGCUUUUGCCCGGCAAGGGUACCAAGUACGCUGUCCCCGCGCUGCCCUUGUGCAAGGACCUCACGGGGUGUACAGCUGAUACAGUUUAUUUGGCAUAUGGUCCAAAAACAUUGACAACUUAUAGAAUUAUUAAUUCUAUUAUCGAGUCCCAGAAGAUCACAGGUAAGGUGCUUCCGUAUGCCAACGCUGCAGAUAUGGAGCAGGACAUUGCCGCUGUCGGGCUGUCUGGGCCGGACCUGGAAAAGUUUACUGCCGAAUGGCUCGAAGCAGAGGUCCGUGGAACCAUUGGAAACUGCACAGAACAGUUCAGUGCUCAGCUGACAUCAGACCAGAUUUUUACCGACAGCGAUGUCGAUAACCUGAUGAAAGACUCUUACGGAUUGACUCCUGCUGCACUAAAUGAACGUGCAAAGAGCCUUACGGGCCGUACAUACUUCCUGGCCAUACGAUUCGAUGUCCCGGACAAAUUCGAUGGAACAGCUAAUAUUUCAUAUACAAUUUUUUACAAUCAAUCUAUGGUUGGGUCGCUGGCAUACGGGGCCCACGAUCGUCUUGUGCGACAGAUCUCAAAUUCCUGGACGAUGAAGACCUGGACAAGCCUUGGAUACACAGUGCAGCAGAUGGUAGACUCUGCCAUCGCCAAAGUGCUCUUGGGAAAGGAUAUUUCAUACGAUCUUUCACCGCUUCCAGACCGGGUAGACACAUCAGUUGCCGUGUUUCACAAAUCAUAUAUAUAUUAUACUGUUCCAAUGACUAUCAUGAUCGUCUUGUCGGCCAUGCUGGGGACUAUCUUCAGAGGUCCGUUCCACUCUGGACUGAGACGCCUGGGUGUUCCCGAGUUUAAAGUGCUGCUGUCGAACUAUCUGUGCCUCCUUUUCUUGGACUUCCUGUCCUCCCUCUUACUAUUUUACACUAUGUACUUCUCCAAGCAAUAUCCCAUUGCCGCGUUUGAUGGCUGGCUUCCUCUCAUACUGUCUAUUGUGACAUCCUUGAGUAUAUCGGCUUUCACUCUAUUCCUAACUUACCUCGUGUAUACACCUGCCUUCUCGCUUAUUCUCUCCACUAUUGUAGCCCUGAGCACUACGCUGGUACCCACCGUUGUCCUUAUGACGCUUUCAGGUCUUCUUGGUAUGUUCAGUCCAGCCCUCGUGCCACCACCGAUAACGUGGAUAUUUGUUGCAAUUGCACCUUACCUUACCAACUUCGCUCUUUAUGACAAUCUGCUCGUGAUAGCCAAGCAUGGAGAUGAGUUAAUAUACAAUAAGGAUCUUUACCCCACAAUUCCCAUAAGCUUCAUCACCACAAACUAUGACAACUACUACACCACGGAUCGCAAGCAGUUUGGUGCCACUAAGACCUAUCGCAUUCCGGCCAUGUGGAUCCUAAUCCUCAUAUCUCUGAUUCAAUCUCUUAUAGUUUUCCCACUCAUCUGCAUAUUCCUUUCGCAUAUAAAACCCGAAGAGGCUUGGCGUGGCUUGCCAUGGAACUUUCUUUGUUCAAGAAGCUUCUACCGCCGCAAGAAGCUGGACUUGACUAAGGUCUCAAGCGUGCGCAUGGAGACAACAGAGCUUGAAAAGACGUACAAGACGCGGAGAAAGUGCUCUAUCAAGAGUAGUGAAAACCAUGUCCUUAAGAAGUUGACCUUGUCGUCCCACGAAAACAGUAUCUUAGGAGUCAUUGCGCCGAGUGCUGGCGGGAAGUCCACAACAAUGAAAAUCCUCUCUGGUGAGCUGGCUAUGAAUAAAAAUGGCGGGUCCUGUAUCGUGCUGGGCGAAUUUGAUAUGUCAAAUAAGUAUGACGCAUACCACAUUAGACCGUAUGUGGGAUACUGUCCCCAAGACCGUACAAACGUGUGGAUGGGACUGUCGGUUUGGGAGAACGUGAUGUACUCAGCUAUCUUCCGUGCUGAAAGCAUAGGCACCAUGGACCGAAUUCUCAGUAGGCAUAAGACUUUGGACGAGUACGUUCUAUCAACCUUAGAUAAGAUUGGUCUGGGCUCUACUGCUGUGCACAAGCGCGCAGCCAAGGAUCUAUCUGGAGGAAUGUUGCGACGGCUAGCCCUGGCAAAUGCAACAGUCUCCUAUCCACCAAUAUAUCUAUUGGACGAAGUCACACUUGGCGUUGACCCAGUGUUGAAGAGAGACAUUUGGAAUUACAUUCAUGAAUUAGUGGAAGAAAGUGGUAGCUCAGUCGUUCUUACUACCCAUGAUGCAGACGAGAUUGGUGAGCUAGCCAAUGACAUAGUCAUAGUUAAGGACGGGAAGGUGAUGACCUCAAACUCCCCAUUGGGCCUUCGUUCAGAGUUGGGUGACUAUAGUAUCAUUCUCACUAUCACCAGCAACGCACAGCUAGAGGCCUGGGGGUGCAGUAGGCAUGCACUUAUCAAAGAGUGUAUGGAGAGCCUGACGAGGAUUGUCUGGCCUACUGAACAUCCUGAUCCGACCCUACAGCCAUACGUAGCGAAGGAUCUCGAACACGUAGUACGCAUUACCCUUCCACUCCAUGCCAAGAUAACCCCGGCGGUCAUCUGUGAAAUCGCCGACAUGCUCCAAGCAAUGGCUAUUCGAUAUAGAAUAGAUUACGCAAUAGAAAAGGCUAGUCUAGAUGAUAUUUUUACUAAGCUGGUCGAUGAUAGCUGCUCCAUGGACAUGGACAAUGUGUUUAUUGAUAACACCCACGGAGGGUCCGUGAAAGUCCGACCAAAUCAGAUGCGAUGGCUGCUCCACAAAAAUCUUCUCAUUGAUUUAAAGGAGUACUUUAUCUCCUUCAUUGUGAUAUUCCUGUUAAUCCUCUGCCUUUGCUUGGUGGUCAUUAAUGGAAUCAGUGCGGCGAAAAAGACAAUCCUGAAGGAGAACGCUGAGCUUCUCUCAAAGGCGAAGGCAGGAUACUUUGAGGCAUGUUUCGCUCCGUGCGUGGUAGCACAAAAACUGAAUAUCCUGCAAAAGUUCUCAUUCAACGGAGCGAUUGCCAAAUGCAUGAGUAGAAACACGAAUAUUUUGUUUAAUGCUCCCUAUCAAACUAUCAAUCAGAUAUCACCAUGCGUGAAUUAUCUAAAGUAUGCAGGAUUAGACUCGUGGGGCAGCGAUGAGAUACAGUUGGGCGAUGGUAGUAGCACUCUUCCACUUGGUGAUAGGGACAUGCAGUAUGCUGGGCGCACAUUCUACGGAAUUGUAACAGGAGGCAAACUGGAUAGCUGGCUCGGAUUAAUGGUAGAUGGGAGCUCUGCUCCAUUGUGGAGUGAAGUGAUUACAAAUAAAACGGGCGUCAAGCUGGCAAAUGAGUUUCUAAAGUCACAGUAUACGCUUGUUCCACUUGAGAACGCCAACUGGACACAUGUGUUUGCUGAUGCUGACCCCAGUGAAAGCGUUGCCGAUCCUUUGAAGGACAGGAAUAACAUUUUUGCGUUUAUGAUGCCACGACAGUCAAUAACAACUAUUCCAUUGAAGUGUGUGAAGACCAACUGCCCCAGCGGCGACAGGAAUAACACUGUUUAUAUUGAGAAUCAGCUCAUAUUCUCUCAACAUCUCCGAGACAUGCUGAAGGAUCUCCGUUCGGCGCAAAGCACCGUUAUACACAUGACUGAAGACGACUUUAAUAAUCCUUCUGUGCGAGUCACAAAGGUUAAGCAGGGGUUCCAGUCUUUGAAAGCGGGGAUCUUUGACCUGUCAUCUACAACGCCAGACACGUUGAAGUUCACGUACUAUACGCAAUUACCCCCCUUUGGGACACAGAAUUGGACAUUUGUUAAAGGACUUGUUAAUAUAUCCGUUGAUAAUGGAACGACAGUGACCUACCCCAUGCCAGGUUUCCCAACAAACCUGGACAACAAUCCAUCAAAUGUAUUCCCCUUCUACCUACCAACUAGGCCCUAUCCCACUCUCUCUAUCUACACGCUGGACCCGUUAGUGAAGCUCACGGGUGCACUGUUUCGUAGAGCACUGGCGGCAAUGCUGACGUCACCUGAAUUCUAUAAGGAGAUCUACAACUUCACAUAUAGCGCUAGAAUAAAACCAAUGCCCUACUACUCUGAAUCCCGGUUUCUGGCUGUAAGCAAGAAGAUUGGCAACACAAUCGCCUUAGAUGUCAGUGCAAACUAUUUGCUACCCUUUGUCGUUAUUGUGCCGAUGACAAUCAUCUCAGCCAGAGUCGCUAGGGAAUACGAAUCGCGUGUAGUGCGGCUCUAUGUGUUGCACAACGUCCCAAAGGUCAAGCUGGUUCUGAGUCACCUAAUCUACUACACUGCCUGGUCCUUUGUGCCCAUUCUCAUUGCCAUGCUCAUUGUUUCAGCCAACUUCCCGGAGCUGUUAUGGGAAAAGUCGAUUGGAAAUAUAUUCCUUUUGAUCGCAAUGUAUCUGCUUGCGUCUGCCAGUUCAACAAUCUUCGCAAUAAUUAUUGGGAUAUUUACAAAGACAGUCCGAACGUCAAUCCUCAUUUCAUUUGUGUUUGUCGUGAUUACAGUUAUCACGCAUGCAACAUUUGAGAUGAACGAAGUCUUAACCAUUGUGUUUAGCUUUUUCCUACCGGCAUUGAAUGCACUUUAUCAGAUUCGUAGGGCAAUAGUUUAUGACUAUGUCACUGCUGUCGGUGCAUGGUUAUGUCCAGUUGUUUUUAUUAUCCACUUAUGCGUUGCCCUUAUAAUUGUCUACUUCCUUGACGCAGGAAGAAAGCGUCAUACCUGUAAGAGGGAACCAGUCCCAUCCACAGAGCCAAAAAUGCAUCAGAUCCCCCAGGAGCACCACACGGAGGCGUCAGACAUAAUGAGCCAAGAACUUAGUCGCGCAGUGACAAACCUUGAUUUUGCAGCUAAUGAGGUGAAGCCACACUUAAGCGUUCAGCACGUCACUCAUCGAUAUCCUGACGGGUACUACGCAGUCAAGGACGUCUCCUUCGAGGUCAGACACAACGAAGUCUUUGCCUUGCUCGGAGCUAACGGGGCUGGGAAGUCGACGAUCAUGAAUGCUCUCACUGGAAUCCAUGUACCUACGGAAGGAAAAGCGAUGUGCAUUAAAAACGAUCAGAAUACUACCCGGCAGAACAUUCUCAGCACGUCUAUUCGCCAAGGAGAGUAUAUAACGGUCGUUCCACAGGACGAUAUCUUUUGGCCAGAACUCACGCCCCUUGAACAUUUGCGCCUUAUGGUUGGCUUUACCUGUAGAAAUCUUAAGCCCAAUAUCAAGGACAUAGAGACUGUUCUUCGUGUGACUAGCCUCUACGAUGACAGGAACAGGAAGGUGUCACAGUUAUCCGGAGGGUCUCAACGCCGGCUCACGCUUGCGAUGGUCAUAGUAUCAUCCCCCUCUUUGGUUUGCCUUGAUGAGAUCACCACAGGCCUCUCCAGUCGGAUGAAGAACGAUAUCUGGAAAGCCAUUUUAGCAAGUCGCAGUGUAUGCCGCACGAUGAUGCUGACUACACACGACAUGCAGGAAGUAGAAGCCCUUGCAGAUAGGUGCUGCAUCAUGAAAUUAGGGAAGGUUAUUGCUGAGGGUACAAUUGCAGAUAUUUGCCGUCUCAGCAAAGUACAGUUUACAUUAAUUUGUUCUACCGCGUUGCUGGAGGGAAGCAGCAACGACGAUGCUCGUCAACACUUUGAAAAGCUGCGAAAGGAGUUUGUGAGCCACCCCGAUGUUUCCAAGUUCCUUGUUCGUUUCGUUGACGAUGUCCGGGCCAGUGAGGUCCGGUUUGAGUUCAAGAAUAAAGGUGCACUAUCUGAUGUAUUACGUGCGGCAGAUUCUUUUGGUCUUCUCGCAAAUGAAUGGUCUAUUGAUGUGAGCCGCCUGGAGAACAGCUUCAUGCAGAUAAUAAAUGAGUAA